AUGAGUUCAGACGAGAUUUCAGAUGCGAACACUGAAGUCGACAUCGAUGUCAACGAGACGACAGCUUUGCUGGCAGGUCCCGGAAAGCUGCUAGCCUCGUUGAACAACGAAGCUGACGAAAAUGCGUUUACCGGAAGCUCAUCGCCGGGGAUCUCAUCGCCGGAUGAAGGUGAUAAAGCCUUGCCAAAAGGCCAGAUAUUCUUCCUCUGUCUUGCCCGAGUAGUUGAACCGAUCGCAUUCUUCUGCAUUUUCCCUUUCAUCAACAAGAUGAUUUGGGAUACGGGCGAGGUAGCUAAGACUGAUGUGGGCUUCUACAGUGGUUUGAUAGAAUCUCUAUUCUCUUUGACUCAAAUGUUCGUGAUGAUACCUUGGGGCUGGGCUGCCGACCGUCUGGGUAGACGACCUGUACUGGUCUUCUCCUUGGGAGGAAUUACAAUCGGGACAGCUCUGUUUGGGCUUAGUCAAUCUAUAUGGCAGAUGAUACUGCUAAGGUGCUUCUCCGGACUGUUCGCUGGCACUAUAGUAACUAUCCGUACUAUGCUUUCGGAGAACUCGACUCCCAAAACCCAGGCCCAGGCUUUCAGCUAUUUUGCCUUCGCCAGCAACAUGGGUAUAUUCAUUGGACCUGUAGUGGGAGGGGUCUUUGCCGAUCCAGCAAAGCAAUAUCCAAAGCUUGUGGGCAAGGUUAAAUUCUUUGAAGACUUCCCCUAUGCGCCGCCAACCUUUGUUACUGGUGCCAUAGCGUUUGUUGUCACUAUUGUCUCUGCCAUUUUCAUUAAAGAGACUCUCAUCAAGACCGGCGAAUCGUCGUCGACACGUUCAUCCACCAAGCGCAUGUCAACUCUGGAACUCCUCAGGGCACCAAAUGUUGGCAUGACGCUCUAUCUGUACGGCCACAUUAUGAUCCUCGCGUUCUCAUUCACGGCCAUCAUGCCCGUCUUCUACUUCACACCGGUGGAACUCGGCGGCUUCGGCUUCUCCCCAGCUCUCAUCUCCCUGUACAUGGCUGUUGGUGGCCUCUCGCAAUCACUGUGGCUGCUCGUGGCCUUUCCAUGGAUCCAACAUCGCAUCGGCACCGCCGGCGUGAUGAAACUCUGCGCAAUCGCUUACCCGGUGUUCUUCCUCUGCUUACCACUCUGCAACAUCUUCCUCCGCCUAGGCUGGACGAAACUAUUCUGGACGCUCGGUCCCGUCCUGCUCGCGGUAGGUAGUGGUGUCAGCAUGUGCUUCACGGCCAUCCAGCUACUCGUCAACGACGUGUCUCCGAGCCCUGCGGUGCUUGGAACCCUGAACGCUGUCAAUCUGACGCUGGUGAGCGGCUUGCGCGCCUUCUCGCCUGCUCUGUUCUCCAGUUUGUUCGCAAUGAGCGUCAAGUCGGGUGUCCUCUACGGUCAUCUGAUCUGGGUGUUGAUGGUGGCGAUUGCCAUCGGCUUCACUGUUGUCAGUCAAUGGACGCCCGUGGUCAACAGGGAGGAAAAUGCGCCCCGGCAUGAGGAUGAGGAAUGA